GAAAGAAGAAGCGUAGUGCGCGAUAACAAAACAAAACAGUGUUCCUUGUUUCUUUACCUUUCUUCCUGUUCCAAAAACCACACUCAAAAACCAAAACCAAAAUCAAAGUUUCGAACUUUGGAACUUGAAUUCACUCACUCUCAUGUCUUACCUUCAUCACUCAUACCCUUUUGAAGAUGAUUUCUAUGAUGAAAUUGAUGACCCUGAAUUUGAUGGUGUUAUUGAAGAUAUUGCUGUUGAUGAAUAUGAAAUGCUUACUAAGGUGACUGAUACAUCAGCUGCACAAGCAAGGAAGGGGAAAGACAUUCAAGGAAUUCCAUGGGAGAUGUUGAAUAUCAACAGAGACAGUUACAGAAUAACAAGGCUUGAACAGUAUAGGAAUUUUGAGAACAUUCUUGUAUCUGGUGAAACUGUUGACAAGGAUUGCAGUAAAGUGGAGAAGAGUGGAAAAUACUACGACUUCUUCUAUAAUACAAGGAUGGUUAAGCCUACCAUCCUUCAUUUUCAGAUGCAGCUGAGGAACUUAGUAUGGGCUACUUCAAAACAUGAUGUAUACCUUGUCUCCAACUACUCAAUUAUGCAUUGGUCAUCAUUAAGUGGCAACUUGUCCGAGAUAAUAAAUUUCGCUGGCCAUGUAGCCCCUACGGAGAGAUGUCCAGGAAAUCUGUUGGAAGGAUUUUCACAGACGCAGAUUAGCACAUUGGCUGUCAAGGAUAAUUUUCUUGUAGCUGGUGGCUUCCAAGGAGAGCUUACUUGUAAGCGUUUGGAUAAGAAGGGAGUAAGCUUUUGUACGCGAACCACACAUGAUGAUAAUGCAAUAUCAAAUGCAGUUGAAAUAUAUGAAAGCCUGAGUGGUGCAACUCAUUUUAUUGCUUCCAAUAACGAUUCUGGGGUGCGAGAAUAUGACAUUGAAAAGUUUCAGCUUUUGAAUUACCUUCAAUUCCCUUGGCCGGUGAAUCACACAUCGAUCAGUCCUGACCGCAAAAUAAUGACUGUUGUUGGCGAUAACUUAGAUGGACUGCUAGUAGAUCCUCAAAACGGGAAGACUAUUGCCACUCUUGUCGGUCAUAAGGAUUACUCUUUUGCAUCUGCAUGGCAUCCUAACGGACACACAUUCGCAACUGGGAACCAAGACAAGACAUGCAGAGUAUGGGAUGCUAGAAACGUGUCAUCUCCGAUCGCCGUUCUCAAGAACAACCUUGGGGCCAGCCGGUCCAUUCGGUUUUCUUCAGACGGUCAAUUCAUGGUUGUUGCUGAGCCUGCUGAUUUCGUGCAUGUUUAUAAUACAAAGGCGAAUUACGAGAUAAGUGAAGAGAUUGAUUUCUUUGGUGAAAUUUCUGGGGUAUGUCUUAGUCCUGAUGAUGAGUGUAUGUAUGUUGGAAUAUGGGACAGGACUUAUGCUAGCUUACUACAGUAUAAUAGGAGGCACUCAUAUCAUUAUCUUGAUUCUUACUUUUGAUCUUUUUUUUUUUUUCUUUCUUCUUACUUUUGGAUAUUGUUAAUUUAUAGAGCAUUGUGAGAUUAUAGAUACUCACAUUUACUUAACCUUUUGAUUUUGGUAGUACCUAUAUUUUGGUAGUACUUUUGUGUAGGUUAUAAAUCAGUCCUCAUCUUGGAUUUCUGAACUUUUGAUGUGAAUGCCAACAGAUUUUUUUUUUUUUGGAAA